AUGGCGCACGGGCAGGAGUCGUCGACGCAGGCCGCCGCCGGUGGCGCCGUGCCGCUCUGCGCGAACGGCUAUGGGUUCUACGGGAGCGAGGCGACCAAGGGCAUGUGCUCAAAGUGCUACCAAACGCACCUCAAGUCCACAGAUGUGGCUACCCCCGCUGUCGAGGGGAAGAUCAAUGCCGACGACCUUGUCCUCGCCUUCAAGACGUCGGUGAGCCUGCAGGACUCUGCCGCUGCGGCACCGUCGGCGGAGGCAGCAACGAAGAAGGCGGCGCCAACCAGGUGCAUGGCAUGCAAGAAGAAGGUGGGGCUGCUGGGGUUCGCUUGCCGUUGCGGUGGCACCUUCUGCUCGCUGCACCGGUAUGUGGACGGGCACGCGUGCGGCUUCGACUACAAGAAGGUCGGCCGGGAGCAGAUCGCGUAG